UGCUCGCCCGCUGAUUAUUUAUUUUAACUCAGUGCGAUUGGUUUUUAACAUGCGAUUAGUUACAACAUUUCUCGGCUGGUGGUGUUUUAUAGAAAAUUUCUUGCGGUUUUCAAUAAAUAAUAACUAAUAGAAAAUUAAUUUUCCCACCUGGUGCAAGAGGCACUGAAGCAAGACGAACGAGAAACUAUAAUAGAGGCUGGCCAGCGUCAUCAAGUUCAUUAUCAUUAUCAACACCAUACAAUUAACAUCCAAUCAUCACAUGUACAUACCGAAAACAAACGUAAACGUUGCACAGCAAAUGAAGUAGUGUUCCUUUUGAGUGACUGCGCCAUAUAUAUGUAUAUGUAUAUCUCCAAAAUGUACAACAGACAACAGAUGCUCUUGCAUAACAUGUGACACACGCGCAUUGAUUGGAAAACCAACAACUUGGGUUUUAACACCCACGCUUUUGUGUGCUAUUUCUUACAAAAACAAAUUACGCCACCCCAGUAUUAGUCGUUAAACAGCCAAAGCACUUCAGAAAAAACACUCUGGACUUCCAACUUUGACGACAACGCAGAAGCGAGACUUCAUAGCAAACAUAAAAGCAAAAACAAGCACAAAAUAUGGGCGCUAGUACCGUCCUGCAACAGCGCCUGCGUUCCAGCCGUUGUUACAUGUCCUUGGCCUGCUCCAUUGGCUCGAUCAGUUUGGCAUGUGGCAGCCUGCUGCAGAUACCGAACAUUACAGAUCGAAUUUCGCUGCAACGUGGCCUCUUCCUUACCUCGUUGGGUUUCAUCUACUUCGUGUCGUUGACAGAUUUCUGCCACAAGUACCUGCUGAAUACGAAACAUGGCCUGCAGUUUCGUAAAAAAUAUCGCCUCAUGAUGUCAGAUGUUAUGGAAAUUACCAACAAAAUCGUUUCCGCCGUACAGGCAACAUUUUCAUUUCUGGUCGGCUUCAUUGUAUGCAAAUCGACGUGCAGCAAGUCGUUCGUGUAUGCCUCACAUUUCUUGAUGGAAGCAUAUGGCUGGUUUGGUACCGCUUACUUUAUGUACGACAUUUGGUCCAUGUACAAGGUGCAUACACAGAAAAUCGCAGAUAAAUUGAAACUGAUGCGGUUGAAUGCCGCCACCACAGGUGCGACUUCAUCGAAUGGCGUCAAUGUUGGCAAUGGCAUUGCAUCUGGUGGCUGUGGUGACAGUGGUGAUGAUUCACCGGUACGUGUGGCUCCUCAGCAACGCGAAAAUGAUGAUAUCUAUGACUAUGAUGGCGAAUGUGUGCAAAUACCAAAGGAUGGCAAAUGGGAUUUCGUCAAAUAUGUGAUAACGCAUCCGGUCAUGAUGAUCCAUCAUGUUUUCAUUGGCACCUUUGGUUUGCUGGUUGUGACGUACAUACGCGGUGGUGGCCACUGCAUCUAUAGUUACAUGUUCAUGAUGGAAUUUUCUACGCCAUUUGUUUCCAUGCGCAGCAUAUUGAGCACCAUGCGCUUGAAAGAUUCGCGCGCUUACAUCAUCAACGGACUGUUAAUGUUGGGCACAUUUUUCGUGUUUCGUGUCUUUAUGUGGCCAUAUGUUAUGUACCGUUACAGCGUGGCUAUAAAUGCGAGCUUGUGGCAGGCGCUGACCACUUUGCCAACCGGCUGUAUUAUCAGUAUUAUGAUACUCUUCCUGCCACAGCUUUAUUGGUUUUUCUUGAUGGUCAAAGGUGCAUUGAAGGUUUUAUUACCGCCUAAACAAAAGGCCCCAGCCACUAAAAAACUCAGGCAGUCGAAAAACAACAAUUUGUCACCAGUAACACCAAACGCUGAACACGAUUUUAGCCAAAUUUGCAAUGCCGAGGUCCACAGCGCAGCCAACAUGCCGUUAACCCGAGACUAAUUACUGACAUUUCAUAGAAAUGAUAAAAAUUAGAUAGAUAUGCAAACGGCAAAAUUUUUUUGGCAGCAAACGGCAGUUAGUCCUCCCGAGGCUACUGCAGUAAAUUGGCGAAGAAGAUUCCUUAUUCGUCUGUAUGUUUACCAAUAAGCUGCUUUGUUGUUAUAGAAUUAAGUUUGUACAAUUUUAAUUUGUGAUUAAUUAACUUAUACUUAUACUUAACAUACAUACAAUGUACGGCACAAUUUUUUGAUAAAACUGAGUUGUAAGUAACAAAUUACUUUGAAUUAACUUAUGCAUUUCAAUGGUCUUCUAACUCUGCUCUAAAAGCCACAAACUAACAUUAUAAGUGAGGUUAAUAUGUUAUAUUAAUUGAUUUAAACACCGUUAAAUUAAUGAACUAUGUAUGAACUGUGACUUUUCAACAUUGAAUAUUUAAUAUUUAAUUUGUGUUGAUUGUCUUCUUGACGCAUUUCUAUUUACUUAUUGCUGUAGGUAUAUGUAUAGGUGUAUUUGUGUAGCUGUGCAUAUACAAAAGCUAAUUAUUUUAGCAUUACAUACAUAAUAAUUUUUUAAUAUAAAUGUUACUUUAAAUGGAUAAAUGUUAUCCAAGGAAUAGCUACUGCAGUGCAGCAUACAUAUAUAUUUAUAAAUGUAUAAAAAACGAACAAAUAGCUAUUAUUAAUAAUACUUUCAUUAAGUCAGCUAACUUGUAAAAUUUCAGUGAAUGCAGUACAACUAAUUUUUCUAAAUAAUUUUCUUCUUGAGUUCCUUUACUUAUAAAAAAAUUAGAAAUUAUAAGUAUUGAUUAUAUCUAAUUAAAUUUGUAUGUAUGACUUGCCCACAUAGAAAACAUAUGUAUGUAUAAUAGAUGUGUAUUAAAAAACAGAAACAAAAACAAAAAAACAAGUGCAGUUUAUUAGCAUUUAAUGAGCUUGAGCAAAACAUGUAGAAAAACACAAAAGGCUAAACGAAAAUAAUUGAUAUGAGGUAAAACAUUCAAUGUCUCGCAUUUUGCUGUACUUUAUAGUGAUGCAUUUUAGCUGUAUAAAAUGUUUUAGUGUUGUGAAAAAUAUACAAAUAAACAUAAGUGUACGCCAGCCAGAAAGCAGAUACACAAUUAAA